AUGAUUUGUGUCAAAGUUCUUCUAUCGACAGACAAUCCUUGUAUACCAAAUCCUUGUGAGAAUUAUGGCAAUUGCUCAAGGACAGUUGACCCAGAAGGAUUCAACUGCAGCUGUACCUCAGAGUACACUGGUAAUACAUGUGGCAAUAAAAUAGUUCACGGCAACUGGAGUGCUUGGACUCAAUGGCCCAACUGUAACAGGCCCUGUAAUGGUGGAAACAAAACAAGAAAACGUCAGUGUGACAAUCCUAAACCAGCUUUUGGUGGAAGAUACUGUAUUGGUCAAGCAACUGAGAUGCAGUUUUGUAAUAUGGACAGCUGUCCAGCUGACGAGGUAAACUUCGAAGUGCGACUUAAGGCUGAAACCUGGAGUGAUGAACUUGCAAACCCUGAAAGUGAGCUGUACAAGAGAUUCAAGGAUGAAAUUGAAUCUACCGUCACGGGGUUUUAUUUGGAAAAAGGCGAAACCAUAACAUUCAAGCUUUUGAGUUUGAGACAAGGAAGCAUUAUUGCAAGUUUUAACAUCACCUACCCUGCAAUCGACUCGCUUCAAAUUGUCAUUUUGCAAGAACAAAUCACCGCAGGGACUCUGGGUAAUUUUCCAGCAGAAUUGCUUAACAUUACCAGCAGUUAUGUGCCAAAUGAAGCUCCAGUUAUUUUGGAGUUAAACAGUCCCACGUCAACAACAAUUCAUUUAAAAUGGUCGGAGGUCACACAAUUGAAUUCAGUUCCACUUCUUGGUUACGUUAUUAUAUUCAAGGAAAACAUCACCAGGUUUCAACCUGACAUCCAAAAAUCUGUGCUACCCUUGCCGCAGGAGACGGUGUUGGAGGAUUUGAAAAAGUUCACACAUUACACCAUAAGAGUGUAUGCUUUUACGAGGAAUGGAAACGGAAUACCGAGUAAGGCACUGACUUUGAGGACUGAGGAGGAUGUUCCGAGUGAACCCCCACCAAACACUGUUAUCACAGUCACAAGUUCAAGGUCAAUCCGUGUUUCAUGGAAACCAAUCAACGCAGCUUACGUGCAUGGAAUCCUCUUGGGAUACGAGGUCAGACUCGCAAAGGAUGACGGGUCAACACUGACGUGGAUAAGCAAGAGAUUGGGCCCAGAAAUACAUCACAUUUUAUUAGAUGAAUUGGCUCCCAACACAUGGUUUUGGGUAGUGAUCUGUGCCAGGACAUCCAAAGGUUGUGGAAAAGAAUAUUUUGAACUUGUGCAAACUUGGGAAGAUGUUCCCAGCAUGCCUCCUGUGGACUUCAAAGCCUACAACCUUACAUCCGAAGCAUUCAUUAAUGUCAGCUGGAGUCCAGUCCCUUCAAAUCACAUCAACGGCAUAUUACUAGGCUACUCCUUAAAGUAUCAAAGAGUUCAAACAUCCGAGAGGCAAGUCUUUGGCGUAGACGAGCACACACUGACUUUGAGGCCAACAGAUCUUUCGGUUUCCCUACAAGUCGAAGCGUACUCGAUUUACAGAAUUGGAGUGGCGGCUUUUACUCGGAAAGGCAUGGGACCAUAUACUGAAUAUGCCUACGCAGAAUCCUGCCGUUGCCCAAAAGUUCUGUACACAAAUUUCUGGUCAACGUCUCCAUAUCUGAGAGUGAGCAAGGGCGAAAACAGGAUGGAAGGAAUUUUCAGCAAAAUUGUGACAGAUAUGAUCUUUGCAGCUUGUGGUCUUUGCCCUGGUCACAGUAGUUCUACUAUAAUCGAGAUUGCAACCAAUGGAAAAGGAGACUCUUCUGGCAAGAAAAGUAUCUCGGAAGUGCUUGAUGACAUCGAUGAUGUUCCACAGAUAAGCUUUCCGAUCUACGGCAACAAAUACAUCACAAGAUACCUAGGAGCUUAUGCUUAUAUCAACCUUGUAGAUUCCCCUGGGGUGGCAUUUAUUGCUGCAAAGAGUCUCCCCGGAUCCGCGGCUAAGAACAUGAUAAACGCAGUUGUAGAAUGCAUUCCUAUGAUUAUGUUGUCAGCAUGUAUGGCUUAUAUUUCUGGAUUCAUCAUUUGGGUCUUGGACUCUAGAUUCAACCCAGACGAAUUUCCGCCUGCUUUUAUAGAAGGUGUUGGUGAAGGAUUUUGGUGGUCGUUUAUUUCAAUGACAACUGUUGGAUAUGGAGAUCGCUGCCCCCGUUCUAUCCCUGCCCGUGUUUUUGGUAUCAUAUGGACCCUAAUUGGACUUGUUAUUAUCUCCAUUCUGAUUGGUGCGAUUGCUUCGUCACUGACAUAUGUCAAUGUGAAUAAACCUGUCAUUCUUUAUGGGGCGAAGAUCGGAGCCAUUCAGAACUCCGUGGAAUAUCGCCUUGGAGUUCUUAAGAAUGCAAAAGUAAACGGAGAAAAAGAAUACCAUAACGUUGAUGAAAUCCGAACAGCACUUGAAGAUGGUGAAAUUGAUGGCGCUUUGUUAGACACUUACGUAGCUGCAGAACAUAAAGAAACUCUUUUCGAUGACAGAAUAUAUGUUAAAGAGAUCUUAGAGAGGCCAGUUGGGUACGGAGUGGUUCUUUCUGGAGCGGCUGUGGGUGUUGAGCAACAAUGCCGGGAUUAUAUCAAUAUGCACAUAACUGAAAUUUUUCACAUCAUCCAGAAUAUGACGAAGACUCUUGAUGCACCAGCUGAAAGCGCCGCAAUGGAACAAAGUACGGGAUUGUUUGACAACACAUCUGAAAUGUUCCGUAUUAGCUUGGUUUCUCUCCUUGCCGUCCUAGGAGUUGCCAUCUUGGGCGGGCUCUCUUAUCAUUUCUUGAUAUAUGUUCCCCGAAGGAAAAGAGUGGACGAGGCAAGAAUCACUGACCAACAACUCAGUUACCAGAAGGUUCUUAAUGAUGAAAUGAAAGCUUUCGUGAAUUCUUUCUACAUGGACAUGUUAAAAAAGAUUUCCUCUAUCAGGAAGGAGCUACAGGAGGUUGUGAACCGAAAAAGGCGAGCGAAAUAUAAAAUGCGAAUUCGUAGAUCUGCAGAUAGUUCCAAAAGAGACACAGAGAGCAGUAUUGUUGUUAGUACCCAAACACCUCGGAGUUGGACUAGUGAGAAACAGUAUGAGAAGCAAAAGCACGUUGUCCAACUUGUCUCAAAUAAUGAAAAUAACGAACUGGAGCACAGUUCACAAAGGGUUUUGCUAAAAUCCUUUUCAUUUCUCUCUGGAUAUUCUUCAAAAUGUCAGGAACCCUUUUGUUCUCAGACGCUACCUAACAUGGUAAUUUCUGAAGACGAUAUAGAACCUGAAUAUUCGUCAUGUUAA